AGUGAGCCACCGGUCCACCUCCAUCUUUCCACCCUGUGUUCGCAUCAGUGAAGGCGAACAGCUCUUUCUGAAUGUGACUAACGUGUAAAUUUCUUUAAAAAAUACCCCAAAAAUCAUAGAAAAAAAAAAUCCUACUAACCAUGGAACGUACACGAAUCUACGAAAGAUCAUCGAACGAAGACACGCGGAGAAAAGUGUCACAGGAGGUGGAAUUUGGCCCGAAAAAAACCAUGCUAGUGUUGGCUGUUGUUGCUGCUUGUUUUGCAGUGUUAUGUCCAAAAAUUUUUUAUCCCAUGUUGAUGGGACCUGCGAAUACUCCACAAACGUCAUCCGACGGAUCUGUUUGCUGCGAUUUGAUAUUCGAGAGUGACGUAAAUACUGUGGAUAUUCUCCAAGAGAUGUGCCAAAACAUAUUGAAACACCACCAGAUAGAUCCACGUGUUCGUGAUGCACUGAAAACGAAUAAACUCACACCACAAAGUGCAAGUUUUUGCCGUGACGAAGUCCUGGCAAGAUGUGGCAUUGAUUUGUCAUCAUUCUUGGCGAAAAAGGAGAGACUUGGAAAAACGUACAAGCAAGUUAUAGAGGAAAUAAGGUCCUUCAACAGUUCAUUGUGCCUCAGAAAUAAUUUUGGUGUACCAUUGGCACAAUUGGGAACACCGCAUCUCAUAAGAUAUCAUAUAUUAAUGCCACAUACCCCCUUGAGACAAGAAAGACGACUGCCACCUCAUGCUGGUGGACUACAUCCGGCAAUGAGAGAACGUGGCAGAGCUAUACCGACAUCGCACAUAGUGCCACGAGUUGAUGGCAGACCAGAAAAUGUUGUCGUUCAAAAAAUGAGGCCACCAAUGGGUGGACCUGGACGAGUUGUACCACCACCAAGUGGUGGUGGCGGUGGCACUAUGGGCAUCAUCCUCCCACUUUAUACCAUUGGGAUUCUUCUUUUCUUCCUUUACACUAUUGCUAAGAUACUGAGAAAAAAUUCGAACAACGAAAUUUAUCAGGAUUAUCACAACCCCGAGGCAGAAAGGGAAUUUAGGGAUCGCGUAUUCAACCCUGAUACCCUAACUACUGCAAUGACCGGCACUAGUUAUUAUCGGAAAGAGAGAUCACCCUCACCUAAGGAGCCACUUCCCACGAUUGAAGAGCUUCAAGCACAGGCAGCAGGAGACAUUGAGGUAAAUCAGCUGAUACAACGAUUGGCAGACACCGAGGCAGCGAUGGAACGAAUUGUUGUACAAAUGGGCAAUUUGUCACGAACAAUCGUACAUAAUCCCCAGUGCACAGAUACACAGGGAGAAUGUAUGGAUAAACAAUGUUAUCAGAGUCCCAACGAAAGUGGGGAAAUCGAUGCAGACUCAGGGUCAGCAAUGAAGGUCAUGGGAAUGGAGAUGACAGCUACCUCUGAGAGUGGCCAGAAAAUAAGCCGACCUACCACCCCCAUUUUCCCUGAUGGACAUGGGCCAGAAGAACGUGAGAAGACACCGCCGAAGCCAAUUUAUCUCGAGGGUAUACUUCCGCCACAAUGCGAAAUACUGGUAUCAGACUCGGAAACCCAGGAGGAGAGCUCUGAGGAGAAUUCCGAUGCUGCCAUUGUAUUAUCAAGCAAAGUGACACUGUCACUCAUCAGUCACGAUCAGAAUUCAUCUGAUUCAACAGAGGCUAUCGAACAUUUGGAUGAGAAUAAAGGAGUUAUACCGAGGGAUCUACCGGUGAAAACACAGGAGAAUGGGGCGACUCACGCAGCAACGUUGAUCGAUGAAGAGGAAAUUAAUGUUAUCAGCGAUGAGAAAGAUGAGGUGGAAAUUGAUAUGAAAGGUGAGCAACAUCCUAAUGAGAAAAUGUCUGGCACUAUAACGAGGGAUGGAGAAGUGGAGAAGGGGUAUGAGGAAGAAGAUGAAGAGGAGGAAGACGAGGAAGAGGAGGAAGACGAUGCAGACGGUGCAGAAAUAAAUGUACUACAGUCGAAAGAUCAAAUACAGGUGGUGAAACAAUUAGAAGAAGAGGAAGUAAGUGAGGAAGGGGAAGCGGCAGAAGAAGCGGAGAACGAGGUGAGAAAAGAAGAGGAGUCUAAAAAUGUGGCAGUAAUGGAGAGAGCAGAGGGAGAAGAAGAAGAAGAGGAGGAGGAAGAAGAAGAAGAAGAAGAAGAAGAAGAAGAAGAAGAAGAGUCCAUAGAGAAGAUUGUUGAACAAAAACACCUAAAUGUAGAACAGCGAAAGGAAACAAAGGAAGAAGAAGAAGAAGAAGAAGAGGAAGAAGAAGAAGAAGAAGAAGAAGAAGAAGAGGACGAAGAACUAGAGGAUGAAGAGUCCGAAGAGGAGAAGGAAGAAGAGCAUAAAAAGAAAAGUGAAGUGCAAAGAGUCCAAAAAAAUGCCAUUAAUUAUAACUUAAAAGAUGUAAAGAAAACUUUGGAAAGUAAAGAAAAUGAAGAAAGUGAAGAGGAUGAAGACGAAGAAGAUGAGGAUGGUGAUGUUGAAGACAAUAGCGAAGAAGAUGCGCCAAAUCGUAAGCGAUAAACUGUCAAUUCUAAAUUGAUUUCGUUAAACAUAUGUUUCCAUUAACGUGGUAUAAUUGUGAAAGCUGAAAGAAGCAUUUUUGUUUUAUUCCUACUAACCUUUGGAGAAAAAAAUCACUUCGAAAUUCAUAUUUCAUGAAUCAAAGACUAUUACAAGAAAUAAUUUAUAUAUUAUUAAAAUUCGAAGCUUCCAAAUUAUUUAGUCAACAAAUGUUUGAAAAUUUUACGGCCACAAAUUUUUCAUUGGGAAGCAAUCAAGAACGAAUGCUUGAUAGAACGAAGUGACAAAGAAAUGUUUGUCCCCUUUUAUUUUACAAAAAUGUUGAGAGUAAUAAAUUCUGAAAUAAUGUAGAUUUAAUAUAGAAGAGAAAAAUGUUCACGUUUCUUGUAUUAAAUAUAAAAGAAGUCUAGGAUGCAGUGAUGCAGUAAUGAAUGCCACCUUUUCACACCAAUUAAGUCGAAAAUAUCCAAUUGUAAACAGCUAGUUGUUAGAAAUCGGAAUCAAGUUUAUUGUUAUACUGUUCAGAUUUCCCUCCAAAUCCCGUGUUAAGUAUCUUCCAUUAUUGUUAUCAACAAUUGAAUGCUCGUCGAUGUUUUUUGAUUGAUCAAAUAAAGAAGAAAGAAUGAA